UUUGCAAUUUUAGGAAGUGGUGGAACAAAACAAAACACACUCUGUGCUGUGUAGUAGUGGGUUCCCCUUCAGAGAAAAGUGGGAUAGAGUAGACCCACUGGGUUUUUCUUCUGUGGUUGAAGAAGGAGUAGAAGGAGGAGAAGGAAGAAGAGGGUGAAGAGUGAAGGGUCUCUCUGCAAGGGUUCUGUUUGUGUGUGUGUUUGGUUUGAAGUUUCAGGCUUAGAGGUUGAUUUGAUUUGAGUCUGGGUUUUGAAGGUGGUGUUGUUGUUAUGGGUUCUUCUGGUUGUGGUGGUGCCACUAGUACUGUGGUUGUUGUUUUCUGCAUAUGGGGUCUCUUGAUCUCAUCACUCUCUUCUGCUGCUAGGCUCAGUGCUUCAAGGCAGAAGCUUGAGGUUAACAAGCAUUUGAAUCGCUUGAACAAGCCUCCUGUUAAGACCAUUCAGAGUCCAGAUGGGGAUAUAAUAGACUGUGUGCAUGUUUCAAAGCAGCCAGCUUUUGACCAUCCUUUCCUCAAAGAUCACAAAAUCCAGAUGAGACCUAGUUUCCAUCCUGAAGGGCUUUUUGAUGAGACCAAGUUAUCUGAAAACAAGGAAAAAACAAGUGCUCCCAUCACUCAGUUGUGGCAUUCUAUUGGUAAAUGCCCUAAGGACACAAUACCUGUUAGGAGAACUAAAGAGGAGGAUGUUCUUAGAGCAAGUUCAGUCAAAAGAUAUGGAAGGAAGAAGCACAGAUCAAUCCCUAAGCCCAAGUCAGCAGAGCCUGAUCUAAUUAACCAGAGUGGUCAUCAGCAUGCAAUAGCAUAUGUUCAAGGAGACAAGUUCUAUGGAGCAAAGGCCACUAUAAAUGUGUGGGAACCCAAGAUACAACAACCUAAUGAGUUCAGCUUGUCUCAGGUGUGGAUAUUAGGAGGCACAUUUGGUCAAGAUCUUAACAGCAUUGAAGCUGGUUGGCAGGUUAGCCCAGAUUUAUAUGGGGAUAACAACACAAGGCUAUUCACUUACUGGACGAGUGAUGCAUAUCAAGCUACAGGUUGCUACAAUCUUCUAUGCUCAGGGUUUAUUCAAGUCAACAGUGAUAUAGCAAUGGGUGCAAGCAUUUCUCCGAUUUCUUCAUACCGAAAUUCUCAGUAUGAUAUCAGUAUACUUAUCUGGAAGGAUCCAAAAGAGGGACACUGGUGGAUGCAAUUUGGGAAUGACUAUGUAUUAGGUUAUUGGCCUGCUUUCCUGUUCUCAUAUUUGGCAGAGAGUGCUUCCAUGAUUGAAUGGGGAGGAGAAGUUGUUAAUUCUCAGCCUGAUGGUCACCACACCUCAACGCAAAUGGGAAGUGGUCAUUUUCCUGAAGAGGGAUUUGGCAAAGCAAGCUACUUUAGGAACAUUCAAGUGGUUGAUAGCUCCAAUAAUCUCAAAGCUCCUAAAGGUCUCGGCACCUAUACCGAGGAAUCAAACUGCUAUGAUGUUCAAACAGGUAGCAAUGGGGAUUGGGGGCAUUUCUUCUACUAUGGAGGCCCUGGUAAAAAUGGAAAUUGUCGAUGAGACUAACAAGAGAUUAGAAGAGCCAAAUGAAAAAAAAAAUCACCCUUUUAGCAUGUUUGGAUCAGCAUCUUUGUCAUCAGAAUCAAUUCUGAAACAUAUUAUAGAAGAGUUUCUGAACAUGCACUUUGUAUCAAUCAAUCCUAGUUUUAAAAACCUUUCUCUUCUAUCUUGUAUACCCUUCUGUAGUGGAAAGUUUUGACUGUUUUUUUUUUAAUAUUGAUGAACUCUCCAUGCCAACUAGUGUGGGGAAGUGUGGCCAAGUUUCUUUAAAGCCUAAAGAAACAGGCCUUGAUAACAUGUUUGUAUUUUAAUUGUUUGUCCACUCCUUGCUCUAUAGGGAAAGAGUGUUUGUCAAUUGCAAUGUAUUGAGUUAAUUACCUAAACUAGAACUUGCACUUGUAUUGAGGUACUUCAACUUGUCUCAUGAUUUUAAAUGAUAUAGUUUGGUACCA